AUGGGUAUCAUCGGAGCACUCGGAUGGAUGAAGGCCCUACUGCUAAUCAUUGCGCAACUUCUUGGAGCCAUCACUGCCGCUGCAAUCGUAUCUGGUCUCUUCCCAGGACCACUGUCCGUGAACACGACCCUCAGCAAGGAAACUUCAGUAACACGAGGCCUUUUCAUUGAGAUGUUCUUGACAUUCAUGUUGCUGUUGACCAUCUUUAUGUUGGCGGCAGAGAAGCACAAGGCGACGUUCGUUGCGCCAAUCGGCAUCGGCCUUGCUCUCUUCAUCGCGGAGCUGGCCGGUGUAUACUUCACUGGAGGCUCACUGAACCCAGCUCGCUCCUUCGGACCAGCUGUCGUGACCGGUGUAUGGCCUGGACAUCACUGGAUUUACUGGGUUGGACCCCUCUUUGGUGCUAUUUUAGCAUGCAUCUUCUACCGUCUGAUGAAGAUGCUCGAAUACGAGACUGCCAAUCCCGGCGCAGACCACGAUGGCCGCGAAGUUUACCACGAGCAUGGAGCUGGUCGAAGUUCUACCCAUUACGAGGCCACAUCUGCUCGGCAGGCGACCGAUGGAACAGACGAGUAUGACUUUGCGAAGCAGCUGCGAUCCGGCACUAGACAGCCCACCAUGACCCAGCGUCAGGCAAUGCCUUCCUUCGGCACCCUCUCUACCUCCACAGGCCACACUGAAAAGCCAGCGGCACCGCUGCCGGUACAUAUGCAGACGCUCGAUGGCCACCGAUCCGACACGGUCAACCAUCCCGAAGAUCGGCCUCGCGCCCACCACAACCGCGGCUCGUCGUCGUACGAGAUGACAUCCGACUCGAGCUACCGCAAUGGACCGAGUGCAGAGUCGGGCAGCUCGGAGUCAUAG